GCGACUUAGUGCAAUCCAGGGGGAAUCGGAACAUGCACGUCGAGACCGUUGAGUACAUCUUUACGAUAAACCAUCACCAUGACUGACAACAACGACACAUUUCCAGAGAAACAGAAGGCAUGGCUCGCCAUUCGCCGUGGUGUGCCGUCAAAGGCGUUACGUCUCGAUGACAAUGUUGCGGUGUCGUCCAAAUUGCAAGAGGGCGAGGUCUUGGUGAAAGUACAGGCCGCUGCCCUUAAUCACAUUGACUACAUGUUAUUGGGACUUCUCCCCAAUGCCUUUGUCGGAAGGCCGCAUGUCAUCUCUCAUGACUUUGCUGGGACGGUCGUCUCCUCCAGAGACUCCAAAAUCAAGGAGGGUGAAGAGGUUUUUGGUGCUAUUCUUGCUCCUACGCAACAUAAGACAGGGCAGGGUGCUUUGGCACAGUACGUUCGCGUUCCUGCCAAGUUCGUCGCACAGCGUCCACAGAACAUCACACCCACGCAAGCGGCUGGUAUUCCGCUUGUUGCUCUCACCGCAUACCAGGUCUUGUUCGAGAUCGCCAAGCUUGAGCCUGAGCAGAGCCUCUUUGUGAAUGGAGGAAGUACUGCUGUCGGCCUGGCGGCCAUCCAAGUCGCCAAGGCACUUGGGUGCAAAGUCACUGCCACCGCAUCUGGCAAGAAUGAAGAAUUAGUGAAGUCGUUGGGGACCGACGUCUUCAUUGACUAUACGAAGACACCGGCAAACGAAGUUCUGCAGCGCGAUCCUCCCUCUCCGAAGUUCCAUGCCAUACUUGAUGCUGUUGGUAAUAUCGACCUUCACUUGUGGACUCACUCGGAGGCAUAUUUGGCACCUGAUGGGAUCUUUGUUUCCGUGGGCCCUCGGCCAAGUGGCGCUGGUGAUUUACCACUCCUCGUUCGGUAUGCUUGGGAAGCUUUUCUACGUCCGACGUGGCUGGGUGGUGUUAAGCGCAAAUGGCGUAUGGUCCAGGUAAAGGAGAAUCAAGAGCACCUGGAAUAUAUCGCGAAACUUAUUUCUGAAGGAAAAUUCAAAUUCGUGGUUGAUUCUGUCUAUGAAUUUGAUGAUGUUCCGAAAGCAUUCGAACACCUCAUGACCAGGAGAGCCAGGGGCAAAGUUGUUAUCAAGGUUGACCCCAAUGUUGCCUGAGGAAUCGUUCAGUGGUCUUGAUUUUCGAGUUAAGUAUAUGUUCUGGUAUAGUAUUAUUUCUAAGUAGUGGUACCACUUUAGCUCAAGGACGUUAUGUUGAAAGGUUCCGGCUCACUCUUGAGAUUGUUAUAGUGUAACGGCUUAACGUUACCGCCUCCUGUUCUACGUACUUACGAAUUUUGUCACCUCUACACCGUCGCGGGCACGCGUCGGUGGUCUAAACUGCAGUAUUUUCUUUCUCAGACACAACCCGCUCCUCUCGUACGGACAACAAUAUUAAGUUUACGUGGUUCUUUCCAUGGCCACAGGAACAGGAGGAUCCAUGCGGUGAAGACAUCUUGUUGUCGCAAGUUCUCUUAUGUUCCCUUCAUCUCAAGAUGAAAGUACGGUCCCAACACGUUCUAAGAGCGCAGGCUCUCUCAUCAAGAUGUAAUUCUCGGUCAGAGAGUUACUUCAUCGUGAGCAGACAUCACUUGCUCCGGCACCUUUUCCAACUGUGUUUGUCUCUUCUGAGCACUUCCCUCGUGUCGAUUUUUUACAUGUAUCGGAAACCGUUCCGAAAACAUAUCUGCAGACUUAGCUGGGUCGAUCGGGAACUGAACUCUAACAAGGUGAUCGAUCUGUCAAGUUGACGGUUGUGAUCGAGACUGCUUCUUCCUAACCGUGCAUGUUCAAUUUUUCGCUUCGUUCCUCCUCUGAUUCUGUCAUUCUGGAAUCUGAAGACAUCUGGUUCUUUCAUCAUUAUCUUGGGAUUGAAUUAUAAUGUCUCUUAAUUACAUACCUUGUGGUGUAACGGCUUAACAUCAUCGCCUUUCAGACUCUGCGCGAGGUGCUGCCUUUUUACGUCCUCAAGGUGCACCUUGGAUGUUUCUUUUUAGUCUGCCCCACUUCAGAAGAGACUGCAAUGAAACAGUUCUAUAUUUUCCACCGGAAUCUACAAUGUAGAGACUCCUCAGAUUCUGAGGCUGAUGAUGUGUAAAGCCAAUGAUUGACGCAAUGAUUGCG